AGACACCAAAUUUCGGAGAGGCAAGGUGGCACUGGCGGUUCACGCCCCUUAUCUUCUUCUCCUCCCUUUUUUCCUUCUUACAGUUAACCCAAAUCCGCGGACAUGGACAGGAUGGUUCCACUGCCGGCGUCUAGUCCCAACAUGGCCGCCCACGGCCAACACGGCAUGAUGCACAUGACCUUUUUCUGGGGCGAUCGGGUCCAGAUCCUAUUCUCAGGCUGGCCUGGUGACCGCGGCUUCGGUGUCUAUCUUCUCGCCCUAUUUCUAGUGGCCAUUGCCGCCGCCGCCGUGGAGUGCCUCUCCACCCUUUCUCGCCGCCACGCUCAGCCACCUACCGCCUCCGCUGGCGCCAGGGCUUCCAUUGGAUUGGCUCUCACCGUUCUCCACACAUUGCAGAUGGGGUUGCUCUACCUCGUGAUGCUUGCAGUCAUGUCAUUUAACGUCGGAGUUCUCAUUGCCGCUGUUCUUGGACAUGCCGUCGGGUAUUUUAUCGCUGGGAGCGGCACGUUCAAUUGGGCCGGGCACGGCGGUGGCCAGAUCUCCGUUGGUCCUGAUUUUGCUAAGUGCUAGAAAUAUUAAAUAAAUUAUGAACAAAUAAGGAUAUCUACUACCGGAAGGAAAAGGAGGAGGUUUGGGGAGUGCGCAGUGCAUUCAAGCUUCUCCAGAUUGCUAAUGAGUUCAGUAUCUUUGAAGGUUAUUAUUUUUAUCAAGUUUAAUGUUACUUUUAGAAAAGUAUUUUAAUGUAUGUAAAGUUUGCUUGAUGCUGGUGACAACUUGUGAUCCAAAGGCUGAUGACAACGCUUGUUCAGGACAAAUUUGUUUUGGUUUUCAGGCUUUUUUAAUGCUACAUGAAUCUGUGCUAUGUGAAAUGAAAAAG